UUCAGUGCCAAACUGUCAAUCGUGUAGUGCGGUCAUGUGGUGCGGAGCCAUCGUGUGCUCCUCUCCCAUCAUCAUCGCCCUCUGAGUGGUCUGCUCUCGAACUGAACUGAACCCAAGCAGGAUUCUAGCCAGGGGGAUUCUCCAGCAAGGAUUCUCUCGUCCCGUCCCCCCAGCAGUAGACAGACAGACAGUCAGUCAGUCCCGCCACACACACACACACUUACACUAACACUAACACUAACACACACUCAACACCCCGCUACCCGCUCGCUCGCUCGUUGUUGUUGUUUCGAUUUCCACACAUUGCAACAUUUUUUAGCAAACAAAAAACACGGAAAGUGCCCAAGUGCCAAAAAGCAUUGAAUAAACAGAAAACCAGGAGCAGCAAAAACAACAAGAACAACAACAACCAUACAAAAUAGUAACAACAACAAGAGGAGAAGGAAGAAGCCACAACGAUGAUGAAAGGUGGCUGCAAACGCAACAACAUCAACAGCAACAACACCAGCAACAACAGUGGCAAGCAGACCAACAACAGCAACAGCAACUACAGAUACAAAUAAACAUGCAGAUACAGAUACGACAGCACCAGCUACAGAUACUUGUAACUAAAGUGACAUGAGGCCUUAACAACAAUAACACACACACAGAUACACAAAAAAGCAACAACAACAACAACAACAACAACUGGAACAAGAACAACAAACAUCCACAAACGUAGAGCACUAAAAACAAAAUUACAAACAAUUAAAAGCAAACGAACGACAAAGGAUUCUCCAGGGGAAGUCCCACGACUUCCAUGGUCUACGCCCCCGUUUCAGUUGCCACGCCCCCAGAGCCCCCUCCCUCGGAAAUUCAGCUACAUGCCACGAUGGCAGUUCCAGCUCCGUUUAUGGCCUCCGUUUUCAACUAAAACUGAGCAACCGUCCCAGACACGGGCAACCCAUUCUCCGCCGGACACUUGUUCGGGAGCACGGGCACGGGUUGUUUUACGGUGGCAUUUAGGCCCGGGUUUUCUGGCCACCAGCACCAGUAACAACAACAAUCCGUCAAACGACGAGGCCGAGGCCUUUGUCUUUGUUUCGCAUCAAAACCAGAAGCAACACCAACAGCAACACCAGCAGCAGCAGCAGCAGCAGCAACAGCAGCAGCAACAUCAACUGAAAACGCCACCGAAGGCGGCAAUAAAAAGUUUGCUUUGUGCUCGGGUGUCGACAUUCUUGUCCUGCCCUUUUCUCCGCCCACGCCCUUGUGCCACGCCCCCUGCAAAAACAACAAGAAGAACAAAAAACGUCGCCCGGGGGCACUCAAUUAAGCCCAAUUCAAGGCAACUUGAAAGCAACUACAGCAACAAUAGAGGCCCGAGCGACAAAAGCAGCAACGACAACCAGGCCGAAAUAAAAUUUAAAUAUUUAAGGUCCUGCAACAACUAAAAACUAACAACUGACAGCUGAAAGGAAACAAUUACGAAUAUUGCAGGGCUACAGAGGUAUCUAUAAACGAUAUUGCGGAGAGGCUGGCAUUUCAAGAGCAACCCAUAAAGAUAUUGCUUGGCGUCGCAAAACAAACACGAAUAUUUUUAGCUGAACCGUAGCCGCAACAUCAAAAAAGCGCAGAUAUUGCAAGUGCAGCAGAAGCAGAAGUAGGAGCAGGAGCAGGAGCAGCCACGCCCCCAGGGCGACAAUCGCAGUCAUUACAAUAUAAAAAUCAACAGAGCAGCAAUAUUGCAGGUAGGCGUCGGAGAGCAGCGACAGCAACACCUACACUCUAGUGGCAAAAUAGCAUCAGCAACCGACAAAAAAAAGGAGCAAGGACCACGCCCUCGGCUAAGAGGCGAACACUUAACAUAGGCGUGGGCGGCAGGUGGACAGGUUGAAAAGUGGGCGUGGAAGUGGCUGCAUCAGUAUCAGCAUCAGCAGUGGCAGACGCAGCAGCAGCAACUAAAGUGGAGUGGAUGCCACAAUGAAACUGAGCGUGAGCGCGUACCGGGCGCAUGCAUCCGCACACAAGAAGAUCCUGUCCAGCGGCUAUCACUCCCAGCUCAACUACGGCAGCACAGGGGCGGCGGCGGCCUCCUCCUCGUCCUCGGGGACCACGGCAACGGGCCUAUAUACGAUGGAAACGCACGAGCAUGAGCAUGGAGCCGGCAAAUUUGUCAAGGAUGUGGCCCGCCAGGUGCACGACUGCAACAGCGACACGGACGUCAUCAGUCCCACGGGCACGAGCAGCUCCGGAGGCGGAGGUGGUGGGGGAGGUCCAUCGGGCGGUGCCCCGGGUGGCGGUGCGGACGGAGGGGGCGGUGGCGCCGGCGAGGGCUACCACAAGCGGCACCACAAGAGCAGCGCCAUGGUCCACGACGACGACAACAAUAGCGCGGCCCACUCCUCGGACAGCAAAAGUCCCAGCCAGCGGAAAUCGCGUAUCGGAGAUGGAGCUUCAGAUCCAGAUUCCGAUUGGACACGAUCGAACCAGCGCUGGAUGAAGCUCCGCACCACCGUGCAGAUCUCAUCGGCGAUUCAGAAGAAACCACCGCUCAAGCGCGAGGACUCCUUCCUGAAGCGUUUCUCGACUAGACAGAUACCCGAAACACAGGAAACUGUUGAAGACACGGGUUCAGAAAGUGCCUCUGGUGACGUCGACAAAAGUGUUAAACGUAGGCGACGCUAUUUACAAAAACGACGAUCCGUUGUUAAUCCAGAUGAAAAUUUUUACUUCUAUUGGCUAAUGAUGUUAACUGUAUGUGUUCUAUAUAAUCUAUGGACCCUAAUUGUGAGGCAGAGCUUUCCAGAACUGCAGCAAGCUGUACCCACAUUCUGGCUCAUCUGCGAUUCAAUGACAGAUGUUGUAUUUAUCUUAGAUAUAAUAGUUCAAUUACGCACAGGCUACUUGGAGCAGGGCCUAAUGGUAUAUGACGACAAAAAACUGGCCUGCCACUACGUCCAUUCCCGGGACUUUAUUUUCGAUAUGAUUGCGUUAAUACCAUUGGAUUUGCUCCAAUUAAAAAUGGGCACACAUCCGCUUUUACGUUUUACGCGCUUUUUUAAAGUUUAUCGAUCUGUGAGAUUUUAUUACAUCGUAGAGAGUAGGACAGUUUGGCCAAAUUUAUGGCGUGUUGUUAACCUAAUUCAUAUCCUGUUAAUACUGGCACACUGGUUCGGUUGUUUCUAUUUUUUACUAUCCGAGGCGGAGGGCUUCCAGGGCGACUGGGUGUAUCCGUAUCGACCUGGGGACUAUGCCACGCUGACCCGGAAGUACCUGGGCAGCCUGUACUGGUCGACCUUGACCCUGACUACGAUUGGGGACCUGCCCACGCCCGAAACGAAUGCAGAACCGAACUUCUCGGUGGACGGCCCACGAUCGAUUCCCAGGCGUGGCAUUAAGUCUCGAUUGCUUCAGUUUGGCUCAAGCUAUGGAUAUAUUUUUACGAUCGUUAGCUACUUGAUUGGCGUUUUUAUCUUCGCCACGAUUGUGGGCCAAGUGGGAAAUGUGAUAACCAACCGGAACGCCAACCGGCUGGAGUUUGAGCGCCUGCUCGAUGGGGCCAAGACCUACAUGCGACACCACAAGGUUCCUGGCGGUAUGAAGCGUCGCGUGCUUCGCUGGUACGACUACAGUUGGUCCCGCGGCAGGAUACAGGGGGGCGGCGACAUCAAUACAGCCCUCGGCCUGCUGCCGGACAAGCUCAAAACCGAACUGGCCCUGCACGUCAACCUGAGUGUCCUGAAGAAGGUGACCAUCUUCCAGGAGUGCCAGCCGGAGUUCCUGCACGACCUCGUCCUUAAAAUGAAGGCCUACAUCUUCACGCCGGGCGAUUCGAUUUGCCGGAAGGGCGAGGUGGCCCGGGAAAUGUUCAUCAUUGCGGACGGCAUCCUGGAGGUCCUGAGCGAGACGGGCAAGGUGCUCACCACCAUGAAGGCUGGCGAUUUUUUUGGCGAAAUAGGUAUCCUUAAUCUGGAUGGGCUGAACAAGCGCACUGCCGAUGUUCGCUCGGUGGGCUACUCGGAGCUGUUCUCGCUCUCCCGCGAGGAUGUCCUGGCCGCCAUGAAGGACUACCCGGACGCCCAGGAGAUCCUGCAGACGCUGGGCCGCAAGCGGCUGAUGGAGGUGCGGUGUGUGAACAAGAAGUACGCCAAGGCGCAGAGCGAGAAGGAGGCGGCCGCCUACGCCGCGGCCCACCCGCACCACCACCAGAGCCACCACCAAGGCCACCACCAGGGCCAGGUGGUGCACCAGAGCGACAGCAGCGAGAACAGUGCCUCCAAGAAGAUAGUGGAUAAGCUGAAGCACGAUGUCAAGGGCUUUCGCAAUGUCCUCAAGAAGUCCAGGACUUCUCGGAAGAGCGACGAGUCCUUGGAGAUGCAGCCACUGCACAAUACCUCGCCGCGGGGCAGCAAGAUUAUGCUGAAGCGCAUGUCCCGGGUGCGAUCCGACGAAAAGGAUGCGGAGAGCGCCGAGGCCAAGGACGAGUUCCACGACAAGACGCCCAGUCCGAUCGGAGCUGGGCUGCCGUUGCUCCAGCGCCUGCGACUCCUAAAGGAAAAGCAGGAUCGCGAAGAGCGAGCUGUUAAGUCCACACCACCACAGAAAUCUCCACCUCACUCACAUGUAACGUGUACGUUAUCGCCGCAGGAAUCGAUACAGGAGGAGCCGGAACGCGAGUUCAGCGAAGGCUUUCCCCUGAUCCAGCGAUUGCAGCAGUUGAAAAUAAAGAACGAGCCGCAGUCCGCCGAUCCCGGCGUCGCUAUGGUCAACACGCCGCCCAAUAUCAGCAGCAAAGUAGACUCCAGCUUUGGGGGAGGCACGAGCGCAUCGGGCCUGAACGGAGGCACUGGAGUGGGAGCUAGCACCUCCGCAACCGGACAGUCGCUGACCGUGGCCCAGAUCAAGCCCAUCAUGAAGGUGUCCUUCAAGCAGAAGAUCCAGCAGCUACAGGGAGGAGCGGUCAGCUCCCCGGGACCCAGCACAGGAGCCAUCGCCAAGAAGGAGCCGCCCAAGUCGUUGGCUUUGGUAGUCAAGGCCUCCUCGGAGGCGACGCCCCAAGCAGGAGUAGCAACAGUUGCUGGCGGAGGACCUGGAGCAACAGGAGGAGGAGGAGGAUCUAAUGCAGGUGCUGGCCUUAACCCCAUAGCCACCAUAUCGAAGAGAGUGGGCAAGCCCGUCCACAAGAUGGCCACACCCAUGCAGUCGGACACGGACACAGACGGGACGCCCAUCAAGCCAUGGUCCAAGCUGAAACUGGCCACCCUGAUGUCCUCCAGCUACACGAGCUUAACCAACUGUUCGCCGGAUGACCUGCCCACGCCCCUGAAGAACUACUCGCUGAGCAACAUCCCCCAGCAGAUGAUGGAGGCCCAUCCAUCCCGGCCCCAAAGGCACCACAGUGCUCGAAGCAGCUCCAGGUCACCCAGGCACCACCACCAUGCUCACGGUCACCAUCAUGGGCACAGCUCCUCCAGCACCACGGGCUCUUCAGUGAGCCAGCGCGGAGGAGGCUCCAGGGAUCAGGGAGCCAACUCGCGGAGGGACUGCCUGAGACUCCAGAAACCGGAGCAGCAACUGCCCGACGGAGACCUGUCCGCGGGCGGCCGGAGGAAGCUCUACCAGAGCGUGUUCGAUCUGUCGCCAGAAUACUGCGGCUUGCCCUUCGUCAAGCGCCUGAAGAUCCUGAACGAGCGCCAGAAACUGGCAGAGCUAGAACGGGCGCUUCAGACGCGGAGCUUCAGUCUGGACUGCUCCAAGUCCGGAACGGACAGCAAGGUUCCCAUCACGGAGUCCCUGUACCGCUGCUACAGCGACACCUCCGGCAUAUACUCGCAGUUCCUCAGUACCUACGAGUCGACGACCAGCUCCACCUCCACAUCGAUAUCCACCAAUACGGAGGACGGCAGCUCCCGGCAGCUGCCCCUUUACGUGCCACUGCCCCUCAGUCCGGAGUCCAAUGAGACGGUGGAGCGCCGGAAGCUGAAGAGCAUCCUCAAGAAGCUACAGCAAGAGGAGGCGGUAUCGGGAUUGCCCGCGUCCAGUACCGGAUCCAAGGUCACCCAGGCCAGCGGGCUGCCGGCGGAGCCAACCUUGGAAGGCCCGCCCGCCAGUGCCAAGGAUGCGGACACCUUCGGCGGUGCUGGGUUCGGUAACGGUAACGGUAACGGUAAUGGUAACGGUGGCGCUAACGGUAACGUUUCGGCAACGGGUAUUAAUAGUUCGGUAUCGAUUCCGAUUCCGGUUCAAGUGGCGGUGCCGGGUUCUGUUGCAACUCCCAUUCCGGCUCCGAUCUCGAUAACGGGUAACGGUGAUACGGCGAAUGUCUGGUCGCCUACGUUGACGUUGGUAACGCCCACGAACUCGCCGCAGGAGCACUUUGCGUUCCCCCCCGGCCAUAGCCUGGUCACGCCCUCUCAAUACAAUCCCGGCGGGGACUCGUUGCCGGGCGUUGGCACCGCCUCAACGUCCGCCUCCGCAUCCGCCUCAGCUUCAGCCUCCGCUUCCGCUUCCGCCUCGUACGUGGUUGAGUGUUCCGCGAAAUCGAACGAGUUCCAUGCCCAGUCCACCACAGAUUUGAAUUUGAAUUUGCAGCUCAGGUCGCAGAACACAACGACGACCAGUGGCGGUGGCCAGUUUGCAGGUGCUCAUCCCGAAGGCUUCCCGGUGGCUCAGGACUACUUCAACCAGAUCCUGAGCGGCAUCAACCACGUGAUCAAGACGCACAUGAACGAGAUGCACUCGAAGUUCGAGACGCAGUUCUCCAGCAUGGCCGGGGAGGUGCGCCGGCGUGACGCCAUCAUCGCCCAGCUGCAGCUCAAGCUGCGUUCCAUCGAGCAGCAGUCCUCUUCUGUGGGUGCCCUGGCUUCCGCCUCGUCCCUGGUCCUGCCGCUGGGCCGGCGCCAGAAGAAGAUGUCCCAGCUGUCCGUGGACGACGACGAGCCGGCCGAGGAAGAGGACAACAACAGCAGUUCCGGCUCCUCAGCGGAGCUGCUCUUCAUGCGUGGAGAUUCAUUGGACACGGUCUUCACCUCCUCGCCCCCCAUCCAGGGGGGCCGACGCAGCAUUUCGCCGGGUCCGGGGCCCAGUCGCCAUCAUGCAGCCUCCGCCAAUGCUUUGAACUGCCCGAGCAGCUACUAUGGACCCGGACCCGGCUCCCUCAGCUCCCGGCAUGCCCAGAGCCACCCCAGCUUCUACACAGGCUAUGGAAACGGGCGGAGAAGCCGUGACUGGAGCGCCGGGGGCGAGGGCUUUGGGGCGGAGAGGAGCGGAGGAGGAAGCGGCAGUGGCAGCGGGAUGAUGGUGUCGGAUGUGACUGGAAAUCUGACGAGGCUGUCGGACAGCGUGAUCCUGGACAUUGGCGAGAGCUCUAGCUCCAGUUCGGAGUCCAGCAAGCUGAACAUAGCCGAGGAGGAGGACGACGAAGACGAGGAGGAAGAGGACGCCGAUCGCGAUGUGGAUGCGGCGGCCAGGGCGGAGGCACCGAGCACCACCUCAGGACGCCACAACGACUGGGAGGUGCAGAUGCUGGCCGCGGAGAUGGAGCGUCAGGAGCGGAAGCGCGGUCACUCCCUCUCCGACAAUCUCGGCGAGCUGCGGCACUGCAGCACCUUCUUGCGACGGCGGCGGAAGCUCAGCGACACGGAGACAGAGUUCAGCGAAACGGACAUGGAGGAGCAGAUGGCCAGGUCGGGCAGCAUACCCAUGGACUCGAGCAGCAUAGCAUCCGGCCCCCCACCUGGUAGCUCCACCUCGGCGGGCCACCAGAGCGGCAGCCAGAGACCCCGGGCCUCCAGCCUGGACCAGUUCAACCUGCGCUACGGCAUCGGGAGGGGCAUCUUUAAAGCAAUGAGCAUCGACCGUGAUAAAGACAAGCUUUGAGAACUAUAAUAGCGACCAAAAACUGUGAAACCAAGCCCAGCCCCAGUUCCAGUCCCAGUUCCAGUCCAACUCAUAACCCAAUCUCCUGCAGACCCAGUCCCAGAUCCAGUCCCAUGAGCAAUGCAAUUCGGCAGUAUUACAAGGUUACCAUGGUACAAGCAAGUAAAUCGAGGUAUACAACACUAAGUGAAAUGUGAGGACGUAUAGAGCUAUAUUCUAUAUAUGUUUAGCCCGCGCAGAGCAACCCGAUCUAUAUAUACAUAUACACAUGGCAUGUAUGAAGCAAGUCCCAACCAGAUAUAUAUUCAUAUGUUAGAAGAAGUAUAAUUAAAGGCCACAACUACUACUAACAGAGAAAGAAAGAACACAGAUACAAAUAGCCAGAGAGGGCUAGCACCCCAGCGGGGACUCCAUUUUGAAUUCUUCGCCUACUUCCGUUUCCUUUCCCUCCUUCGCGGUACAAAUUUGCAUAAUUGUCGGAGUUGGAGUGUGUGUGUGAGAGAGUGAAAGUGCCGGAGUGCUUGUGCCAAAAAGCAGAAAAAAAGAUGAUUCCCACAUUAAACCGUCCUGAGAAACGUCCAUGCCACGGAUGCGCAUGUUUGUUCAUUUUUUAUAAAUCUGUGUAAAUGAAACUGCAAGUUAUCUAGAUCCCCACCUCGUCCUGUAUCGUUAUGCUCAGUCCUUUGUCCGUAUCCUGAUUUGGAUUUUUGGUUUUGGCCCCCAAGGGCGCGGCUCUCUCUGCAGAUGUAUAUACCUCUUAUUGUUAGAGACUAUAUAUAUACAUAUAUAUUUUAAGUACGUAUAUGCAGUAUACAUAUAUAUAUGUAUACAGAAAUAUAUGCAUAGUUAUAUAUACAUAUACAUAUAUAUCUAUAUGUGAACUAGUGUAAUGAAAACCGAAAGCUUUAAUAACUUAUAUAGAGAACUAUUAAGGAAAUAUUUUAAAUACUAACCGAUUCGGACAAAUGUUUCACGAGUUUUCCAUUUCAAACAAACACACAUGAGACACACACGUCUAUAUGCGCCCAUAUAUAGUCCAGUACGUAUAUGUGUGUGUAUGGAGAGCCUAAGAUAUGCGUAUAGAUUAGCGAUUUACUUGUUGAAGGCCCUUAGUUCGAGCUGUUAAGCCUAUCUAAGCAUUAGUCGAAACCUAGACUAGACCCCUGACCCCGAUCUUAGCCUCCUUUAUCCUCCUUUCGACUAAUUUCAAGCUUGCCCCUCUGUCCCAACUAAGAAGUAUAGCUAAUUAACUAAAUCUAACCCCAACUAACUAAACGAAAAUCUAUCUCUAGCACCUAAGUAGCUUAGUGCUGUUCAAGAUCAAUUUCAAAGUCAAAGUCAGAGUCAGAGUCAGAGUUAGCUUAAAGCGCCUAAAACAAAGUCUAAGUUUUGGUUUGUAACUCCCUAUUUUAAGUAUCUAACUAAACUGCAAAACACUCACUAAACACUAACCACUAACCACAUGCUAAUCAGCAGAAUUAUAGACCGUAGCCGACACAGCCCUCUAGAGUUUUUGGUAGUUUCGAAUAGAGAACACACUUACUGUCGCUCUGGCCUAGGCUUUACUGUACCCAUAGCUAGCACACCAAGCCCCCAAGGACACCAGCUAUCCCAGAUACUAUAUGUGCUACAUGUGCUCCUGUUUUCAGUGUCUAAUCUCACCCGAUCGAUCACCCAUUUCUGCUGCAAGCUUAGCCACAAAACCGACCCGAAUUAGACCAACCCAGACCCACAAACACAGAACCACACAAAAACCAAAAUUCAAUUACAAACAAUGGGAAAAAUUCACAGCCAGCUAAGCAGUCCAAACAAAACAUACUUACUAAGCACAAUGUAAUUCAAGUUAGCCGAGUGACGAAACAUAUUGAGAUACCAAGGAGCUCACUCUGUAAGAUUUUCAUUUGAAUUAUUGGGUUUUCGUUAAAGUUCAAUGCCGAGAAUGCAAAGGAAGACCUUUUGAAUUGAAUUACAUACGCCAGGGA